AUGGACGAUAUCUUCACUCAGAACAGGCCACUCAUUAAGCGCUUGUAUCAGGAGGAAAGAAAAUCGUUGAAGCAGUUGAAGGAAAUUUUAGAGAGUGAACACAAGUUCCCAGAAUCAUCGCUCGCAUUCUAUGAGACAAAGCUGAGAGAUCUCCUGGGAGUUCGAAAGAAGUUCAAAAGAGAAGACUGGCCAGUUAUUUAUCAACACCAUCUGAACAGCAAUAAAAAGAAUACUGCGCUAUAUUUGGAUGGAGUGAAGUUCCCGUGGAGGAAAGCCUGGAAAGAAAUCAGACGGUCUGGCGCAAGGGAGGCGACCAUUGGUGAGUACAUGGACUGA